AUGGGCGUCUUCAGUCAAUUAACUGACUCCGCUAAAACUAAUCCCUUCUCCCUUCCCGUGAGAUCCGCAGCUUGCGGAGGAUCUGCACCUGCAUGUAACGCUGCACCAGUUGAGUUCGGAUCCGGAAAGUACUACGCUUUCUGCGCUUUCGGAGGAGUUCUUUCCUGUGGUAUUACUCACACCGCCAUUGUACCUCUUGACUUGGUCAAAUGUCGUAUCCAGGUUAACCCCGAGAAGUACAAGGGUAUUGUUUCCGGAUUCAGAGUCACAGUUGCUGAGGAAGGAGUUCGCGCUCUUGCUAAGGGAUGGGCUCCAACUUUAGUUGGAUAUUCUAUGCAAGGACUCGGAAAGUUCGGAUUCUAUGAAGUUUUCAAGAACGUCUAUGCUGACGCUAUUGGAGAAGAGAAUGCUUACCUUUACCGUACUGCUCUUUACUUGGCUGCUUCUGCUUCCGCAGAAUUCUUCGCUGAUAUCCUUCUCGCUCCUAUGGAGGCUACUAAGGUCCGCGUUCAAACCGCUGUUGGAGCUCCACCAACUCUCAGAGGUUGUGCACCAUUGAUCUACAGAACCGAAGGACUUACGGGAUUCUUCAAGGGACUUCCUCCUCUCUGGAUGAGACAAAUUCCAUACACUAUGAUGAAGUUCGCUUGCUUCGAGAAGACUGUCGAACUUUUGUACCAAUAUGUUGUACCUAAGAAACGUGCAGAUUGCUCCAAGUCUGAACAAUUGGUUGUUACAUUCGUUGCUGGAUAUAUUGCUGGAGUUUUCUGCGCUGUUGUUUCUCAUCCAGCUGACACACUCGUCUCCAAAUUGAACCAGGAUGCCAAUGCCUCAGUCUCAGGAAUCGUUAAGAAGAUUGGAUUCGGAGGAUUAUGGAAGGGACUUGGACCUCGUAUUAUUAUGAUUGGUACACUCACUGCACUCCAAUGGUUCAUCUACGAUUCUGUGAAAGUCGCUCUCAAUUUACCCCGUCCACCACCACCAGAGAUGCCAGAGAGCUUGAAAGUUAAGCUCGAGGCUCAAGGAAAACUAUAA